CAAGACGACGCAACUACACAAGCUAGCUUGCUAGCCGCCAACAAAGAGACGCGGAAGGUUAGCAACGCACCGCUAAGCAGGCCUCAAGUGUGAGUUGAGUGUUGCGAUCGUGUGAAAAUGUGCAAAGUGCAAAUGCUGAGAGCGUUGGUGAACGAGCGGAUAACCGCGGCUGUUGAGGACAUAUUUGUAGUGCUGGAAAGAACCAUAGCAGAGUACGAGGAGGAACUUUCUCGAACAAAAGAGGAGAAUGAGCGACAGCGUCAACAGCUGGACGCUGUUUUCAAGAAGACCCAAGGUGAGCCACAGAGAGCAGACGUCAGUGAAGAUCUUCCCCCAGAGCAGCAAGGGUGGCGGUCCAGGGUGGAGCAGAAGGAGCCACAACAACCCCAUGUUAAAGAGGAAGAUGAGGGAGAGCCGCAUGAAGGGCUAGAGGAGUUCCCGGUGAUCCGUGUCAUUGUGAAGAGUGAAGAUGAAGAAGACAAAGCCCCGAGGUCACACAUGGAUGGACACCACUGUGGAGGAUCACAAGCAGACAGCCUCUUAGCGCCGCUGUCGGAUAGCGACGACACGACGUCUCCUGACACUGACGAUGACGACUCUAAAGCUGGCGUGACGUGCCCCACGGAGGACAAACACAAAUGUUCCCAGUGUGACAAAAUGUUUGGCAACAAGAGAAACCUGAAACGACACAUGAGGUGUCACACCGGAGAGAAACCAUUCAUGUGCUCAGUUUGCGGCAAACGAUUCUCUCGGAAGGACUACUUGACGAUUCACAUGAGAAAACACACCGGUGAAAAGCCGUUCACCUGCUCAGUCUGCAGCACCAGUUUUAGUUUCAACUCGGCGUUAUUUCAACACAUGGAGACCCACUUUGGGGAGAAGCCGCAAUGCCCUCAGUGCGACAAACGUUUUGGCAACAAGAGAAAUCUAAUCAGGCACAUGAGGCGGCACACCGGAGAGAAACCUUGCGUCUGCUCGUUUUGCGGCGAAAGGUUCGCCCUGAAAAGAAGUCUGAUCAGACACAUAAGAACGCACAUUGGCGAGAAAACGUUCAGCUGCUCAAUCUGCAACACAAGCUUUUGUUACCAGUCCGGGUUGAGCAAACACAUGAAAAAACACACCAGUGAGAGUGUUGAGCUGAAGUAGUUUAGACUGAAGACUUAUCGUUUGGCCUCUUCAGUGCAAUGUUUGUUCAGUCGCUGCGUAACGUCUGAUUCUUGUACAGUUAAGUUACUGUUUAUAAGCAGGAUUAUAAAUGAUAGUAAACAUGCAUAUUUAUUAUUUUAAAUACUCAAGUUUAGGCAGAAACAAUGUUUAAUCAGAUUUGAAUUUCCAGUAUUUGCAUGUUUUGACUUUUGGUUUAAUGUGUAAAUAAAUAACACGACGGCUCAGUUAAAGGAGGGAGCAGGAAUGCCAGUGUUGAUAGUCGUCAUGGAGAAAUUGUUGCGAGAUGAGCAAGUAAUCGAUUCUGGAUCUGAAAUUGCGGCGGGAACGAAUGAGAAGUAAAUGUUGAACGUCAGCGUAUGUGCGUUGUAUUUACUGUGCAGAUGAGUGAAACCAGUUCAUAAAUAAAAGUGGAAUGAGAUUAACUCCCAACAUAUGAUUUAUAUGUAGGCCUGUCAAGAUAAUCGAUGCAGCAGAGCCUUCGUCUUGACAGCCAACGCUUGCUGAGGCGUUUGGUCGCCAAAGCAAGUUCAACCAAAAUCACGGACAGUGUCGCUCGCUACGUUGCAAAAGAAAUGCAACCAUUCAAAGCCAAAAUGUUACAAAUGUUUGACAGGCAGAACUUACACGCCACAAACGGCAAUACCUGAACUUUAUACCGAGUGAAAGAAGGCGUGUUGAAGGACAUCAAAGCUAAUGUGGCUCACGCAGGUACACUAUACUUGAGUACCACCUGGUGGUUCAAGUGUGAAUUACACCUCGUGACAAUAAUGAAAAAAUGGUCUCAAAAAAAUGUUGUUGAUAAUAUCGAUUAAACGUGUGCUGUGACAAUGUAAGAAACGACCUCGAGACAACAGGUUGACGUGAUGCUUUGCAAAAGUGAACGCUGGAAGUGCUUCCAAUCUGACCUAACCUUCUCACAGGGCGGCCGACCUGUUAUGACGCUUGCUGGUUGUAAUAAAGUUUGUCUCAUUGGAUCUGCUUCGUCAUCACAACAUCAUCAUCUAGUUGGGAAGAUGGAAGUCCUGAAUACAAUCACGAUGACCCAGAAAAGUACAUUCAAAUGCUGCUAUAUGAUUCCUUACACUCUGGUUCAUUUUGU